CCCUCGACGUCCCUACCCUUACAUUGGGCGACAACCAACAGCACGAUGACGACGCAGCAUUUGUAUCCUCGACACCAAAUUUACUACCUCACUCCCGAUACAUGUCACCGUUCGAAACACUUUUUUCCCCCACCAUUUCCUCUGGAUCUGACACUCGAAAACAGUGCCUGUCGUCCUUUAUAAAAGUCUUCCGUUCCUGGCCUACAGAUAAUCAAGGCCAGCUACUAUCCAUCACGUCUUCGUCCACCGCUCUCAGGCUCCCGGCCUCCCAUCAGUAGGCUUCCUUGGUCUUGGGGGCAACCGCCCAGUUCGGGCCCGAGAGUCAACAACAAAUAUAGACCAAAGAAUCAUUUCAGAAUGCCUCCUCCUCCACCACCUCCACCUCCCCCCAUGCCCGCCAUGGGCGGACCUCCACCUCCGCCUCCGCCUCCUCCCCCACCGGGUGCCCCGCCUGGGAACUUGCCCGCGAGGCCAGCGGGAGGUGCCGGUCGAGGCGCCCUUCUCCAAGACAUCAGCAAGGGCCGGGCCCUGAAGAAGGCCGUUACCAACGAUCGUUCGGCGCCUAUCGUAGGCAAGGGAGCAGGAGGCGACGCAGCCGGUCCACCCAUCGGAGGUGCCCCACCGAUUCCCGGCUUAGGAGGCAUGCCCAAACCUCCCGGCGGCCUCGCACCUCCGGUCCUCGGAAAUAGAGCUAGGAGCAACAGCGACCAGAGUGGAAGAGAUGGCCCAACAUCGGGGAUGGAUUCGGCGCCCCAGCUUGGCGGACUCUUUGCCGGGGGAAUGCCGAAGUUGAAGAAAAGCCGCGGUGGUAUUGAUACAGGUGCGUCGGCUGAUGCUUCUUAUCUCACGGAAGCGGGAUCGGGGGGCAGGUCCUUUUCCGCACCGAAACUCCCGACCGCAUCAGCACCCAGGCCCCCUCCCGGGGCAGCACCCGCCAUUCCAGGAAGACCAGGAAUGGCAGCCGUCUCAUCGACGCCGGCUGUGAAGAAGGGGCCUCCUCCCCCUAUCGGGAAGAAGCCGCCUCCUUUACCCACAUCACGCAAGCCCUCAUCUCUAGCCAACAACCCGCCUCCGCUUCCGGGUGCACCAGCCCCCCCUCCUCCGCCCACCGCCGCUCCUGCGCCUCCAGCACCACCGCCUCCAUCUUCCUCUCCAGCACCACCAGCGCCACCACCACCUCCUCCCCCCUCUUCAGCUCCACGACCACCGCCACCUCCUCAUGCGGCCUCCGCAGUGCCCCCUCCUUCACGGUCACCGGCACCGGCGCCCCCUCCGCCGCCACCCCCUUCCAACGGCCCAGCGCAUCUCGCAGCACAAGUUGCCUUCCGCGCCGCGAGCCAUAAUCCUUUGCCGACCGCUGCGCCGCCGCCACCACCUCCACCGCCGCCGGUUUUGGCACCGUCUCCUCCCCCGAAUGCGGCUCCUUCCCCCCCGCCAGCACCGCCCUCUCGCAGCCGCGCCGGCUCCACUCUGCGCGCAAACAUGCUCGACCCAAGCGCUUUCACCCUCAACUCGAGCGGCCCGACGACCCCGAGUCCGCCUCCCAACGGUUCCGCCACCUCUCUCGGCACGCACAGCGUCGGUGGUCGUUUUGUGGUUCACGAUCCGCGGUGGAAGUUCCAGGACGAGUCCAUGCUUCCUAAGCCGCGCGACUUUGUGGGCGGCACGAAGCGCUACCGCGCCGGUAGAGGCAGCAGUGUGCCGCUUGAUCUGAGUGCGUUGUGAAGAGCUUGUGACGCAAGAACUAGUUGAAAGAAUAUGCUUGCUGGCCUACAUCCAGUCACUGACGGGGAUCGAGAAUACACAUGCCCAUGGAAUACGCAUGAUGGAAUUCGUUCUCC